AUGCCUUCUUCUCAACCCAUUCGCCGUGGAGCUCUUCGUGACUCCUGGCCGCCUACUCAACUAAGAAUCGACUAUGGCGACUUUCACGAUGUCGACCUAUCCAACAUCGACCAAGACCCUCUCACGUACUUCCUCACGCCCACACCUGCCGCCAAUGCGGUUGACGACGACGACAUGGAUUUCGACAUGGACUUUGACGCCGGAAUCGAGGACACCAAACGCCCAGCGCCCAUCGUGAGAAGUGUUAGCCCAUCCAGCCUCGACGGCCUCAGCCUCCCGCCCCCUCGGCCACCAACACCACCCAAGUCGUCGACUCCCGAGCUCGAGUUUGAUGGGUACCCUACGCCCGAGGACAAGGAGGAUUACAUGCACCUUGCAGCCGCUGCAUUCGAUUUUCCUGUUCUUCGCCUGAAGGACCUGACCAAGAAGCCCAAGAUGAGGCCUUCAUCGAGCUACAGCAAUAGCAACAGCCGCCCAAGCAGCAGACUGGACAACUACAGGGGUACCUCUACGGCUGACUAUGAUUUGCCCCUGACGCCUCCCUCUCCAUCUUAUAGCCACUUCGCCAACCGGGGUCGGCCAUUGACCCGGCCUGGUCCACGAACGAUGUUCAGACCAUUCCGUCGGUCACCGCACUCUUGGCGUGAGCCUAGCCCGGAUGUUUGGGCUAUCGAGGAGGAAACGGAUGAGGAGCUUCACGAUAGCGAGAUGAGUGAGGGCCACCACGCGGAGCAGAAGUAUGCUGGAGCCAGGAACAUUGAGUCACCGUCAACGGCUUCAAAGGGAAAGAAGAGGGUUCGGUUUGCGCUGCCCUUUGAGCAGUGA